UAUAGCGAAAUGACUGAGCAUGGUUCCUGAUUGGGAAAAUGAAGUUGGAAGACAAUGUUAUUCGUUCAUUUCGAGUUGCAAAGGUUUUUCGUGAAAACAGCGAUCGAGUAAAUCAUUUCGACUUUUCUUCCAAUGGCGAGACUUUAAUUACAAGUAGUGAUGAUGAUUCUAUGGUUAUUUAUGAUUGUCUGGAAGGAAAGCCACGACAAACAUUAUAUGGCAAGAAAUAUGGCGUGUCAUUAAUACAGUAUACUCAUGCAUCAAACACUGUUAUUCAUGCUUCAACAAAAGUAGAUGAUACAAUUCGAUACUUGUCUCUCCACGAUAAUAAAUUUCUGAGAUACUUCCAAGGACAUACAAAGAGAGUUGUGACAUUGAGUAUGUCUCCCUUGGAUGACUCAUUUAUAUCUGGUUCUAUGGAUAAAACUUUACGACUCUGGGAUUUACGUUCUCAUAAUUGCCAGGGUCUAAUGCAAGUUAAUGGACGACCAGUUGCAGCAUUUGAUCCAGAAGGAUUAGUUUUCUCUGCUGGAGUAGACAGUGAAAUGAUAAAAUUAUACGAUCUAAGAUCAUUUGACAAGGGGCCAUUUUCAACUUUCCACAUUCAAGGAAACUCUCCUGGCACAGAAUGGACAAAUUUAAAAUUCAGCAAUGAUGGGAAAUUAAUUUUACUUUCAACAAAUGCUGGAGCAAUUUAUCUCAUUGAUGCAUUUCAAGGUUCUCAAUUGCAUACAUUUACAGGUGUAGGAAGUUCACCAACUUCUUACAUUGAAGCUUGUUUCUCACCAGAUUCUCAAUAUGUUAUAUCAGGUUCUAAAGAUGGUCGUGUUCAUGUAUGGGCAGCAGAUAGUGGUCAGAAAGUGGCAGUAUUGGAUGGCAAUCAUCCUGGGCCAACUCAUUGUGUGAAAUUUAAUCCUAAGUUUAUGACCAUGACAACAGCUUGCACAAAUGUGGCCUUUUGGUUACCAAAUAUUGAGGAAGUGGAAGAUUCAAAGAAAUCUUGAAUGAAAUGCUCUCGAAGGUAGCAUGUUAAUAUUAAAAACCAUACACGGCUGGUGUCAGCAACCAUCAACCUAUUUACAACAUCAAGAUACCACAUGGAUGGCAAUUUUUAACAUGAGUUCUAUUUUCUAACUGUGAUCUGUGUGGUAUGUGCUUUUCGUAUAAUAUACUUUAGUUGAUGCUAA